AUGGCCAAGCAGCUGAGGCAAGAGUUUGCAUCUGGCCUGCCUGAUAUGUGUCUCCGUCCUCAGUUGGCUGCCCUUGGACUUACCGUGGUGGACCAACUCGCUGCAUUGCUUGGUGAGCAUGGUGUUGAGGCAGGGGAGUCAGUAGCACGUGCCAAAGAUGUGAUCCAACAGCUGGGUGAAGCGCAUGUCAGCGCCGCUUUGCAGGCAAGCAAUGCUUGGAGGGAACUCAAAUGGCUGGCCAAUCAGCAGAGACCGCCACUGGUUUUGAUCAAACCCUCUGAACUUCAGCGGGCCAUCGAGAAAAGGGGAGGCAAUUUGCAGGUUGGAAACAAACGACACAAAAGAGCCAAAGGACAGGGAAAGGGGAAGUAUCCACCUAGCCUGGAUGCCACCAUGCUGCGACUGGAAACUAGACUUUUCCAGGACCAGCAAGAUCAAACCUUGAGUCAAGACCAUGGGCCAGCAGAGGUUCAUGCAAGUGGUGAGACUCAGAAUCAAGGUGUUGCAGCUGGACAAGAUACAGACGAAACUGCAGAGGACGCCGAAUCAGAAGAAGAUGCUGAAGCCAAUGGCCCAGCAAUUGGAGCUGAUGAGGACGGACCAUACGAGACAUUGGUUCGAUCCUUGCGCAACGAAAUCAAUCUUGCGCUCCAGCGUGGACACAUCGGAAAUGCAGCUGACCUUCAAGGAAUUGUGAUGUUCGUGUUGGACAGCGCCCAUGCUGGGAACUUACAUGAGGCCAACAGCUCACGUGACAACGUGAUUCAAGAGAUUUGCUUUCGCCUAGAGAGUUUGGCGCCGAGAUAUGAGUUACUCAUUCCACAGGUUGCAGUGAAAUUGAGAAUCAUGGAAAAUGACUUGCGAGCCAUGGCAUGGCAUGAAAGUUGA